GACAGUCGGAGUGGGAAGGGCAGAUUGUUGCAGCUGUACAGUUGAUAUCACUGAGCGCUCAUCCACCUUGUGGAUUAAAUAAUAUCGUAAAUACUGAAGGUAGUGAAUAUCUGCUGCUGCGGGAGUGUUGAUGGGGGGAAACAGCCCGAGUCACCUCCCUGGAGAGGAGGGUGGAGGAGUUAAUUUUGUGAAGGGCAUUCGGCUGUCAGACAAAGUGAUCCACCGGAUGAAAGAGUCUAAGGUUGUCGCUCCUCCGCCCUCACAGAAACCACGUCCUCCUCAACCUGAAACACAAACACCACCUCCCAUUCCCCCCCCCUCUGUCGAACACUUACUCCCUCUUCUGAUACCUCCACCUCAGUUGAUGCCUCCCCCACCUCUUGAAGCCCCACCCCCUCCUCUAAAACUUGUCCCUCCACCUCCUGUGAAGUUUCACUCUCUGCCUCCUUCCUCGCCAGAAGCUCCACCUCUAACCGACCUUGAUGUCUCAGCACCAACUCCACCUACUACGCCUCCACAAGUACAGGCACCUAUAGAGUCUCCUCCUCCACCCGCUGUAGUGGAGCCAGUAGUCCUGGCUCCUUUGGAAUCCUUCAUCCCACCUCAUGUACAGCCAGAAACCCUGUCUCCAUCUCCAAUAGCAGAACCUGUUGUACUACCUCCACCUGUGGAUUUGGCUGUUGCACCAUCUGAGCCUUUAGCUUCCACUUCGCCCUCUGAAACACCCAUUGCUGUAUCUCUGUCUGUUGAACCUCUUGCUAUACUGUCUGCUCCACCAGUGGAAAUGGUUCAGGCUCCACCCACUGUUGAAUUAACAUCACCCUGUCUUGUUGAGGCUGCAGCUUUCGAUCCAAUGCCUGCAUGUGAAACGCUUCUAUCUCCACCUCCUCAAGAGCCGCUGGCAGCACCCACUCCUCUUUUUGAGUCAGUGGCAGCACCAUCUCCUCCACCAGAGUCCAUGGUAGCACCUUCUCCUCUUUUAGAGUCCAUUGCACCACCCUGUUCGAAACCAGAGCCAGUGAUAGCACCAUCUCCUACCUUGGAGUCGCUGGCAGCACCCUCUCCUCCACUAGUACUUGUGGCACCACCACCCCCUGCCCCGGAGCCGAUGGCAGCACCCACUCCUCUUUUAGAGCUAGUGGCAGCACCAUCGUCUCCCUCUGAGCUUUUGACACCACCUGUUCCUCCUGUAGAGUCUUUUGCACCACCCGCUCCUCCCUUAGAGUCAGUGGCAGCACCUUGUCUUCCACUAGAGCUUGUGGCACCACCAUCUGCUAACCUGGAGCCAGUGGCACCACCCACUCCUCUUUUAGAGUCUGUUGCAUCACCCGCUACUCUACCAGAGCCAGUGACAGCACCAGCUCCUUCAUUAGAUUUGGUGGCAGAAUCAGUUCCUAUUUUAGAGUCGGUAGCAGCACCGUCUCCUCCCCCAGAGUCUGUGGCAGCACCCUGUCCUCCACUAGAGCAUGUGGCAGCACCCUGUCCUACACUAGAGCAUGUGGCAGCACCCUGUCCUCCACUAGAGCUUGUGGCAACACCAUCUUCUUCCCUGGAGUCGGUGGCACCACCAGCUCCUCUCUUAGAGUGCGUUGCACCUACCACUCCUCCACUAGAGCCUGUGGUAGCACCUUCUCCUCCCUUAGAGUCGGUGGCAGCAGCAUGUCCUCCCCCAGAGAUUGUGGCAGCACCCUCCUUUACUCCAGAGCAGGUGGCACCACCCUCUCCUCUUUUAGAGUGCAUUUCACCAACCGCUGCUCUAGCAGAGCCAGUGGCAGCACCUCUAGAGCUUGUGGCAGCUCCAUCUUCUCCCCUGGAGUCGGAGACAACUCCAACUCCUCCCUUAGAGUUGGUAGCACCACCUUCUCCUCCCCUGGAGCCAGAGGCAACACCCUGUUCACCCUUAGAGUCGGAGACAACACCAUCUCCUCCCUUAGAGUUGGUAGCACCACCUUCUCCUCCCCUGGAGCCAGAGGCAACACCCUGGUCACCCUUAGAAGUCGGAGACAACACCAUCUCCUCCCUUAGAGUUGGUAGCACCACCUUCUCCUCCCCUGGAGCCAGAGGCAACACCUUCUCCUCUUUUAGAGAUAGUUGCUGCACCCUCUCCACCCCCAGAGCCCCUGGAGGCACCUUCACCUCUACCAGAGCUCACUUUCGAGGAGCCCCCCCCACCCUGUCACUUGGUGGAGGAAACCCUGAGGCAGAAAAUCAAAGAGAAGAUGCAGAUGAGUCUGGAGGAGGAGAUCUUCAGAGGAGGCAGGAGCUGCAGCGACAGCUGGAGGAGAUGAGGGCUCAGGCUCAUGCAGAGGCCCAGGCAGCCGCUCAGAGUCAGGUGGAGGAGCAGGUGAAGAAGACACUGCAGGCGGAGAAAGCGGCAUACGUGGAGAACCUGACGGAGGCCAUCACGAAGGAGCGAAUGAAGACUGACGAUGAGAGGCUGAUGGUGCAGCUUUAUCGGAUGGAGGUGAAGGCUCAUCAGCUGGAGGAGAGGGAGAAAGAGUUGAGGAAACGAGACGCCCUCUACAAGGAACACGUCACAAAACUUGAAAAAAAGUGCACUGAGUUUUAUAAAGUGACGGCUGAGAGCUUCCAGAAGGGCAAAGAAGACACUCACAACCGUUUUGCGCGUGUUGAUAUCCAGCCGGUGUGCGGUGACCUGCAGGGUCAGAUUUUGAAAUGCUACAGGGAGAACACUGGAAAGACUUUGUCCUGCUCGACUAUCGCCUCGGCCUACAUGCAGUGUGUGGACAAUGCCAAGAAGAAUAAACUGAGCACAGGAGGGUAAUCCGGAGACUUCAUGAGGAAGACAUCGGACGAUGGAAGAAAACUUGAUGAAGAGAAUUCAAUUAAUGAACAAUUUACUGGAAACACAGGAGAAUCAACUCCAGCCUUUACACUAGUAUGGAACAAGUGCAAGUAGUUUGAGGAUCAUCUUAAGUCCUAUUGUGCCACAACAGUAGCAAAUGGAUCAAAACAGUUGCAGAAAAUAAGGCAAAUCACAACGGAGCAGACAAUGAAAUCUUCUGAAUUCAAGUAAGGUAUUUGUAUAAGCUAUAAGAAGUGCUGUUGAUCAUCAUGUGUGUGUGCCUUGAAGUUAUGAAAGCUAUUAUUAUCAGAUUGCAGCUGCAUGAAACUAUUGUUCAAUGAGCCGAGUGUGAAGUGACACACACCUGUACGUGUUUGAGGUUAUUGUACUGUACAUAAAUUAUUUCACGGGUUAUUUCUGGUGCACGCACACAGAUAUUAGUACAAUCUCAAUAAACUUUGUUGUGGAAUCACAAAA